ACGGUGCCGUUGUCCCCAGCUUCUCUCACUGACAUGGCUUUGCCUCUGAGGUCCUUGGGUCGGGGCUUGGCCAGUGCGGCCAAGGGAGACCACGGAGGGACAGGAGCCCGCACCUGGCGCCUCCUGACCUUCGUGCUGGCGCUCCCGAGCGUGGCCCUCUGCACCCUCAACUCCUGGCUCCACUCGGGCCACCACGAGCGCCCAGAGUUCAUCCCCUACCAUCACCUCCGGAUCCGCUCCAAGCCCUACUCCUGGGGAGACGGCAACCACACUCUUUUCCACAAUCCCCGUGUCAACCCUCUGCCCACGGGCUACGAAAAGCCUUGA